AUGGAUAGAACUCUCGACAGACACGAGCAAGAUAAAGUCCGCGCAGCACGUGCCAGCUUCUUCCAAGGACAAAAGCGCAGGACCUCGACUUCCAAAGACUCACCCCUCGACAACUUAUCGAUAACCUCCAGGACUAGUCAAGAUACCAUGUCGUCGAAGAAGUUCAAGUUCUCCGGCAUAACAUCAACUAAACCCUCCGACACAGCGCCCAAAAUGCCACUCAUCGUCCGUUUCUAUGAUAGCAAUGUCCAGGCCCGGGACUCACAUGGCCGCACUCAAGAAGAGAUCCUGGCUUGGCCCGACAGCAAACUCGAGAGCUGCCACAACUACAUCCAGAUGCUCUUCCCCGUUCCCGAGGGCUCGGCGUUCAACUGGGAAGCGCCCAUCAUCGACCGCGAGACCAUGGACGCCUUCCGCUCGCGCAAGGACCUGCGCGACCGCCUACGCUUGAGCUUCGAGCGCAUGCUGGACUUCUAUGGAUUUGCUGUUGAGAUGAAGCCGGAGCAGGAAGCCGAGAAGAGCGAGGAGAAGGAUGAAGAUGCUACUGGGGAUAAUGCGACCGAGACACAAGACACCACCACAAGCAAGUCAGAAGCCACCCACUCCUUUCCACCCGGUAUAACCUCCUACACUACACCCUUCACAUACGCCAUCAUCCGCGGCCCUAAUUUCCGCACAAACUCGCGCAACUGGGCCGUCCGCUUUGAUCACAACCACCUGCGCAUCACGCGUAUACUGCGCUGUCUGCGCAUCCUGAGCUUGCAGAUUGAGUGCGAGGCGUUUUUCAAGGCGCUCAAGGAAGUCUACGACGAUGACGCGGUCAAGAUUAGUGAGCGCUCGUUGACAUAUUGGACGCGCGCGGUUACGCGGCCGUUAUAUGUAGCGCCGGAUGACGACGAGAUUGAGUGGUUAGAGGAGUGGGAGGGGGAGCAGCAGUAG